CAGAUUAUUAUUACUCAAAUCAAUAAAAUUAAUUAAUUAUCGUAAUUAUCACAAUUUCAUGCUCAACAAAACAUAGGGUUCCGAAUUUUACUCAAAAGUGUUUUAGAAUUUUUCUUCAGCUUUGUUGCCUCCUUCCAGAAAGUACUAGAGGCCCAAGGAAAACUCUGCCGUGGCCCGGAAAACAAUCAGGGGCUGUGCUCAAAGUCCAAAAAUGAGCUAUGGGCCCAUUUGUACCCCACACGACUGUUUGUCACCUAACUAAGUAUCCCAGCCUUGUCAUUCUAUCUUAUGUCCGAGUGCAAAAAGUAUCAUUAAAUGACACAAUACCCAUACCCCGAAAAUCACGCCAAAAAGUUAACAACAGAUUACUCUGAAUUAAUCAUCGUAAUCAUGUCAAUCUCAUCCUCUAGAACUGGUCAACAAAAUCUUGGAUUCUGAAGUUAUUUAAGAGUUCUAGAUUUUUCUUUAGCUCUGCAGCCUCUUCCAAGCAAGUAGCAAGUACUGGAGGUACUUCAGAGAACUAGUGAAAGGCAUAUUUAGGACCUGAUUUUGCGGAGAUGAAUCAACCUGUUCAAGGGGAAAGCUCCAGUGCUCCUGCUGUCCUUCCUUUGAAGCGAAGAAGGGGUCGCCCUCGUAAAGAUCCUAGCUUAAAGCGUGUUCAAGUUCGUCCACAAGUUCCUCCACCCUUUCAACUAAUGCAAGAAGUUCAACCACAACAAGUAAAUAUAAAUGAUGUAAAUAAUGGGAUGAUAGGUCAGGCUGUUACAGGGGUUGUUGAGGCUGCAUUUGAUGCCGGUUUUUUGCUCAGUGUUAGAAUUGGCGACUCCAAUACGAACUACAGGGGUCUUGUUUUUAAGCCAGGACAUUAUGUUCCUGUCACAGCAGCAAAUGAUGUAGCCCCACAUGUUCAGAUGAUAAGAAGAAAUGAGGUCCGUCCUCCGGCUGAAAACCAGCCUCAGAUGCAUGGCCAGAGGACCGAGCGGAAUGGAUCACUUAAUCUUGGAUCUAGGUCCUCAAAAGGCAAACAGAUAGUAAUGCAUCCUUCAGUCCCUCCAGUGGGUUCCAGAGGCACACUAGUUCCUGUUGUGCUACAGCCUGUCAAUUUAACAAAUGGACGAGCAUCUGGUCAAAAUCCUGCAUCCCAAGCUUCUAACAGGGAGUCUUCGAGGGAGAGAGAGGUCCAGAUAGUUAAGCCAUUAGCUAUGCUGCCACCUGAAGGACCAGUAACCCCCGGUCAGUUACCACCUGAACCAACUCAUGAAACACUUACUUCACAAACUCAAGUCGGCAGCAAAGUAGCAACUGGGCAGAAAGAAGAUGGCUCUCUUAGCAAGGGAACAGAAGUAGUGCAAGGGAAAGAGGUGAAGCCAGUUGUAUCAACCAACGUAACAAUGCCCGCUGCAGUGGCCAAGGUGUCUCAACAAUCUGGGCCAGCACCAAAAAAAGAUACUGGAAAUAAUGAGGCUUCUCACGAGGUGUCAGCAGAACGUCCACCUGUGCUGCCAAAACAAGGUACCAUGAAUCAGGUUCCCUCAGCAAAACCCAGUGAACCAGUAAACCCCCCUCUUCAUACCCAGGCUGCAUCCGUUGCAAAGCCGUUGAUGAAUUAUGGCACUGGCAGGAUGACCGAACUUCUACAGUCCUGGAACUUUUCCUGCAUGAAGGCUGUCCAGGAAAAUCUGAUGGAGAACCAGUUGCAUCGUGCUGGAGAAUCAGGACUUGGUGCAAUGACGAGUCCAACAACUGAUGGCAGUAAAGAGGAGACAAGCGUUCAGUAGCAUAGCAGUAACAUCCGCGUAUUCUUAUCUCUGAAACUCACAUCCCGUAGACAGUGCAGAUUGUAUAGUGCUAGUAAUAUCCCAAAAUGGCACCCGGUUAGCGUCACCCAAAUGUCGUAAAGCUUAUCUUGUUAUGUUAAACAGUUCAGAUUAGAAUUUUCCUUUAUCGUACAAGUUAAAACGCUUCCAACGCUUAUGGAAGCUGUGUUUAUAAUGGUGGAUUAUCAUUUAAGUACUUUCGUCUA